AACUUUGCUUCUGUUCCCUACCAGCAAGCAGUGUGCGCCCCGAGUCGCGUGUCCUUCCUCACUGGGAGGAGGCCCGACACUACCCGCCUCUAUGACUUCAACUCCUACUGGAGGGUGCAUGCUGGAAACUUCUCCACUAUCCCCCAGUACUUCAAGGAGAAUGGCUAUGUGACCAUGUCGGUUGGAAAAGUCUUUCACCCUGGAAUAUCUUCCAACCACAGUGAUGAUUCUCCGUAUAGCUGGUCCAUUCCACCUUACCAUCCCUCCUCCGAGAAGUACGAAAACACCAAGACCUGUAGGGGGCAAGACGGAGAACUCCAUGCCAACCUGGUUUGUCCCGUGGAUGUGGCGGAUGUGCCUGAGGGCACGUUGCCUGACAAACAGAGCACCGAGCGAGCCAUCUAUUUGUUGGAAAAGAUGAAAAUGUCGGCCAGGCCUUUCUUCCUGGCUGUUGGGUACCAUAAGCCACACAUCCCGUUCAGAUACCCUAAGGAGUUUCAGAAGCUGUAUCCCUUGGAGAACAUCACCCUGGCCCCCGACCCCCAGGUGCCUGCUGGCCUCCCCCCUGUGGCCUACAACCCCUGGAUGGACGUCAGGCAGCGGGAGGACGUGCAAGCCUUGAAUGUCAGUGUGCCCUAUGACCCCAUUCCUGCGGACUUUCAGCGGAAAAUCCGCCAGAGCUACUUUGCCUCCGUCUCGUAUUUGGAUACGCAGGUCGGCCACCUUUUGAGUGCUUUGGAUGAUCUUCACCUGGCCAGCAGCACGAUCAUUGCAUUUACAUCCGAUCAUGGGUGGUCUCUUGGUGAGCAUGGAGAAUGGGCCAAAUACAGCAACUUUGAUGUCACUACUCGCGUGCCCCUGAUGUUCUAUGUUCCCGGAAGGACGGCUUUGCUUCCAGAGGCAGGCGAAAAGCUUUUUCCUUACAUCGACCCUUUUGAUUCCAUCUCAGAAUUGAUGGAGCCAGGCAGGCAAGCCGAGGAAGUCGUGGAACUUGUGUCUCUCUUUCCCACGCUCGCUGGACUGGCGGGGCUGCAGGUUCCACCCCGCUGUCCCGUUCCCUCCUUUCACGUGGAGCUGUGCAGAGAAGGCCAGAACCUUCUGAAGCAUUUUCAGCUCCCUGACUUGGAGGAGGACUCGGACCUCCGUGGUAAUCCCCGUAAGUCCAUUGCCUACAGCCAGUACCCUCGGCCUGCAGACACCCCUCAGUGGAAUUCUGACAAGCCAAGUUUAAAAGAUAUAAAGAUCAUGGGCUAUUCUAUCCGUACGGUAGACUAUAGGUAUACUGUGUGGGUUGGCUUCAGUCCUGAAGAGUUUCUGGCUAACUUUUCAGACGUCCAUGCAGGGGAGCUCUAUUUUGUAGAUUCAGACCCAUUACAGGAUCGUAAUGUGUAUAACGACUCCCAAGGUGGAGAACUCCCCCCAUUGUGGAUGCCUUGAAUUUUGCUAGCCACAUAGGGCAGGUGUUAUGUGUUGGUGAAACGAGGCCUUAGAGCUGGUUAUUUCAUGAUCACCCCUAAUGGAGACAACCCAAGAGGAGGGCAGUCAAAAUACGCACCAACAAUUUGGCCUAAGAGUUUGUUACAGGCAAACCUUUCAGUUUAGUCUUCAUUAAUUUAAAAUUGAAUGAAUAAGUGCUAAGUUAAACUUAAAAUUAUGCCAUACCUUUAGAUAUCAUUGAAACGUUAGGUAAUUUUCAGUACCCCAGGAUGUAGUUGUGUUUUCCCUAAAUGUAAAAAAUAAUCAGCAAGGCAGGUGGUAGUAAUGAGCUUACUCUGUCAUCAUUUACAAAAGGGAUGGACUAUUUACAACUAAUAUUUACAAACAUGUUGCAGCUGAUUAGGAAGCGGAAUUAGCCACACUUCUUAAAUAACAGCUAAUGAAGUCCUGUACUGAAAUCAGAAUCAUUUUUAGUAAAUCUUUUCUUUCAAGUGCUUCAGUGUUUCACAGUAAGGUUUGUGAAACAAAUAUAGUGAAUGACAUUGUGACUGUAGUGGGUUAAAUUAUAACCAAAAGGGCACGAUAGUAUAUUAAAAGAUGACUUCAAAUCAGUAAAGUUUCAAAGACAGAUACUGUUUUUGUUUUGUUUACUAGUUAGCCCACCGUCGAGGCACAUGUGGUAACAAAAGGCCCUUUGAGCAGUUACGUGUCCGGCAGCAGCCUUUUCUACUUGAGCGAGGGGCCCGGUUCAUCCCUUCUGGUCCUGAAGCUCGCCUCUCUUCUGGAAGCCUUGGCUUUCGUAGACAGUUUCCCUGUUUCUUCUUUGUCAUUCUACAUUCCGUUUACUGCUCUCCUCACUUCCACUUUGAUUUUUACGAUUCAGUCUGUAAAUUCCUCACAACAUAUUUUCAGUGUAUUUAGCUUUGUCUCUUCCUCCGCAGUUGUUUGUUGCUCCUGGGUGACUCCAGUACGCACACUUCAUCUGUUUUUUUCUCGCUUGAUUUCUGGAAGCAUAGUUUUAGUGUCACAGCCCUCCAGAUUCUGGUCUUGAUGAAGUUGUAAGCUGAGCUGUGCUGGGAGAGAGUGAAGGGAUGCUUUCCUCCAGCUGCAUCUUCUUGUUCACUGUGUGACUGAAGCCAC